AUGCCGGGGGUGAUGGGGGCGAGGGACUGCUCGCGACACCCCAGCCCAGCCCGUGCAGCUGAAAGCCAUGACGGCCACGCGCUGGCCGUGUGCCGCUGGCUGGCCUCGCUGCACGGAUCCCUGUUCCCGCACCUCUCCCUGACCAGUGAGGAUAUGAUCGCAGCCUUCUCCCAGGCUGUGGACUGGGCUGGCUGCACCGUCCGGGCCUUUGCCUGGCACCCCCACACCAACAAAUUCGCUGUGGCUCUUCUGGAUGAUUCCAUCCGCGUCUACAACUCCAACAGUGCCACCGUGCCCUCGCUGAAGCAUCGCCUGCAGAGGAACGUGGCUGCCAUGGCCUGGAAGCCGCUCUGCGCCUCCAUCCUGGCCGUGGCUUGCCAGAGCUGCGUCCUUGUGUGGCACCUGGACCCCACCUCCCUCUCCACAAGGCCCUCAUCAGGCUGUGCCCAGGUGCUGUCCUGCCCCGGGCACAGCCCUGUCACCAGCCUGGCCUGGGCGCCCAGUGGGGAGCGGCUGCUCUCAGCGUCACCCGUGGACACGGCCAUGCUGGUGUGGGAUGUGUCCACUGAGACCUGUGUCCAGCUGCAGUGGUUUGGGGGUGGCGGUGUCACCUACUUGGCCUGGUCCCCCGAUGGCAGCAAAGUGCUGGCAGCCACCCCCUCGGCCGUGUUCCGGGUGUGGGAGGCCCAGAUGUGGACCUGUGAGCGCUGGCCCACGAUCAGGGGACGCUGCCAGACAGGGUGCUGGAGCCCCGAUGGCAGCCGGCUGCUCUUCACCGUGCUGGGCGAGUCUGUCAUCUACUCCUUGUCCUUCUCCGAGUACCGGGGGGAGAUGCAGGGACAGGUGGGAGGCUCCAAAACAGCCUCAAUCGUGGCAGACCUGUCCGAGACCACCUUUGAGACCCUCUACGGGGAGGAGAGGAUUGGAGGAGAGGUUCAUUCCAUGGUGUGGGACCCCACUGGGGAGAGGCUGGCAGUGAUCAUCAGAGGACACCCCGAGUCCCCGAACAGCCAGCCGGCCGUCGCCGUGUUCCGCACCCGCAACAGCCCUGUCUUCGAGCUCCUGCCCUGCGGCUUUGUGCGGGGCGAGCGUGGCGCCCGACCCCAGCUCAUCUCCUUCCACCCCUGCUUCCCUCAGGGCGCCCUCCUGACCGUGUGCUGGUCCUCGGGGAAGAUCUCCCACAUCCCCUUUUUCUUCGUUGGUGCCCUGGAGCCCCAUGCCAGCCCCCGCCGCAGCCCUGUGCCUGUGCUGGGCAGCGUCAGGGAGCAGCCGCUCUUCUCCGAGCUCUGAGCCCAGCCUGGCACCCCAGGGCCUCCCCUCCUUCUGGAGCCCCCCACACCUGUACAGGGGCUGGCUGUGCUGCUCCUGCCCCAAUUAAAGGCGGAUUUUCCCUCCCUCUCCUUUCCUCA